AAACUGACAAAGAGAAGGAGGAGAAGUAUUCUAAAAACUGUAAAUUACGACGGUUGUCAAAACCACCCUUUCACACCAGCACAUCACCAGAGACUGGGUCCAAACUUGACAGCACUGAAGCCAAAAAUACUGAACAAGCUCCAGUUAAAUCAAUAGAAAUUACUUCUAUCAUUAAUGGGCUACAAGCUUCUGAAAGUUCUGAUGAUAGUGAGCAGGAAGAUGACCAAAGUGCCCCAAUUGUACAUGCUGAUGGCAAAGAGGAAUCUCAACAUGAAGCUGUAAGCCAAGAUAAAAACGAACUCUGUUUAAAAGAAGAACAGAGUGGUUCAUCCCUCCCAGAAGAAACUAAAGCUCUGACAGAUGUAGCAGUGCCCAAGUCAGGAUCCAAGUCCCCUGAAAGAUUGCGAAAAGAGAUGGAAGAGUUAUCUGAAGAUACUGACUCCGAUGGAGAAGACGAAGCCACAAAGAAGAAAAAGGAUGUAAAAAAGGAAGCAGUGGAUAAAACAGCAAAACCACAGGUAAAACGUGGUAAACGAAGAUACUGUGUUGCAGAGGAAUCUUUAAAGACUGUGUCACCUAAUAGAAAGGAUGAGAAGUCCAAGAACAAAGACUCUCUUAGUUUAGAAAACAGCAGUAACAGCUCCUCGGAUGAAGAUGAGGAAGACAAAGCUAAACUGAAAAUCACACCAACUAAAAAGUACAACGGACUAGAGGAGAAAAGGAAGUCUUUACGGACAAGUACUUUCUACUCAGGAUUUUCUGAAGUGGGAGAGAAAAGAAUAAAGCUUCUAAAUAACUCUGAUGAAAGACUUCAGAACACCAGAGCAAAGGAUCGAAAAGAUGUCUGGUCAAGUAUUCAGGGACAAUGGCCGAAGAAAACGCUGAAGGAACUGUUCUCGGACUCUGACACUGAAGCUGCUGCCUCCCCUCCGCACGCUGCUCCUGAGGAUGCUGCGGCAGAGGAGCAGCUUCAGACUCUUCCAGAAGAAGACAUUUCUUUGCCUAGCUCUGAACUUGAAAAAUCUUUGCCAGCUAGUGUGGACGUUAAACCUGUUGAGGAGAAACCGACUGAAGUGGGUGAAAAGAAGGUUGAAUUUCCAAGCAGUGGCAGUAAUUCAGUAUUAAAUACUCCUCCUACAACUCCUGAAUCGCCUUCGUCUGUCACCGUAACAGAGUCCAGUAGACAUCAGUCCAGCGUCACUGUCUCCGAGAUGCUGCCACCAAAUCAAGAAGAGAUACGAAGCAUUAAAAGUGAAACAGAUAGCACAAUAGAGGUGGACAGUGUUGCAGGGGAGCUGCAAGACCUCCAGUCUGAGGGAAAUAUUUCUCCAACAGGUUUUGAUGCCAGCGUCAGCUCCAGUAGUAGUAAUCAACCAGAGCCAGAGCAUACUGAAAAAGUCUGUACAGGCCAAAAAAGACUUAAAGAUGCUCAGGGAGGAGGCAGCUCCUCAAAAAAGCAGAAAAGAAGCCACAAAACAUCUGUGAACAACAAAAAGAAGAGUAAAACUACAAACAGCAGUGACAGUGACGAACUAUCUGCUUUUGAAAUUGUGUCCAAGUCUCAGUCAGCAAAAUCGGUUACUGGCAUGAAAUCUCACCAAACCAAAUCACUCACAAGAACACAAUCUCCAGGAAAAUGUGGGAAAAAUGGAGAGAAGGAGUCUGAUCUCAAAGAACAUAAUCGUUUGCCCAAAGUUUACAAAUGGAGUUUUCAAAUGUCUGACUUAGAAAAUUUGACUAGCGCCGAGCGCAUAACAGUUCUCCAAGAAAAACUGCAGGAGAUCAGGAAACAUUACCUGUCCUUGAAAUCUGAGGUGGCUUCCAUUGACCGAAGAAGAAAGCGCUUAAAGAAAAAAGAGCGGGAAAGUGCUGCUACUGCAUCAUCUUCUUCCUCAUCACCUUCCUCUAGUUCCAUUACAGCUGCAGUUAUGUUAACUUUAGCAGAACCAUCUAUGUCAAGUUCAUCACAGAAUGGAAUGUCAGUGGAGUGCAGGUGACAGCAGGACUUGCCAAAGCACUUUGCACUUAAUGGCUGCUGAGGGCCACUCUUAUUGUUUUUCUUUUUCUUUUUUUUUUUUUAUACUGCACAGUGGCACAAAAUUCAGACAAGCACUAUUUUGUAUUUAAAGUUGUUUCUUGACAAGCUAACUUUGCACUUAAGUGCACUUUUAUGAAGAAAAAAGUACAACAAACUGCUUUUCCUCAAGCAAUAAUUGUUUCCAACUUGUCUGGGAAUUGUAAGUCUAGUGACUCGAAGGCCUUCCACUGUGGCAAAUGGAGGCUGUUCACUGCCUGUAGAGACAGUACAAUAAGUAUAGAGUUGUUGGGUUGAUUGAAAUAAAUGUGGUAAGGCUUACUGUAUUCCCUGGUAUUUUGUUAAAGCUGGAACAUUUGAUAUUUUUCCAUUUAUUUAUGACAAAUAUUGAACCUAUUUUCAUUUGUACAAGCUAAUUGUUUUUUAACUGCUAAGUCACCUUAUAGUGGCUUUAAUUGUAUACGUCAAGCACAUGUAUUCAAUUCAAAACCUGCAGUUAGUAGGAUGUAUGACAUCAGUCCUGAUAACCAAAUAUGAGGAUUCUUUUAAAAAAACAAAAAAAGACUGACUAAUGUUUACAGGUUUGAAUUAGGCUUAAAUAGGUAACUCUGGGUUUUAAGAACCCAUUAAUUGGAAUGAAACUACUGUACUUUGCCAUUUUUCUAUAAAACAGUAUUUUUUUUUUUAAUUUUGAUAAAAUACAUUAUGAAAAAGAAAGAAAAUGGCUAACAAACUGUAUUAAAUCUUAAUGUAUAAAGAUUGUAUUUAGCCAGUUUAAAGUGUAUAUUUAUUCAUAAUGGAUUAUAACAGUUAUAUUUUUGUGUUUUCUUGUAAAUGUUUCUUUUCCCUUAAAGCAACAAAUAUUUCAUUUGUAAUGCUUAUUUUAUUACGAGCUUCAAGGAGAGGACUUCAAGAUGGAGUAAGGCGUGAGGUUAUAAUUUGUGGUUGCUGAUAUGAACGCUGCCACAAAAGGGUAGUUGUUUUUAAAAUAAAUAGCUAGCUGAGUGGUAGACAUUUAAUUUUUUAAAUGCCGUGUACAAAUUCCAAAACCAACUUCAAACUGUUUUCACUUGUAUUGAUUUUAUGUUGUAUGGAUCCCAAGCUCUCUCCUGUUAAUUAUAUACCUUUGUAAGACAUUUGUAUAUUGCGGAAGUGUUCAUUCAAGCUAUUUAAUACCUGGCACUGUUAAUACACAGUACUUUAUUGUACAGAUUGUUUUACUGUUUUAAUUGUAGUUCUGUGUACUUCUUUUGCCUGGGGAAAUAGGGGCUGGCAUGUUUUUCUUUGUUUCUGGCAAUACAACAUGUAAGAAUUCAAAGCAUUUUGUUUGUAGAUGCUAGCGUGUCAGAAUCCUUUACAUUUGACUUUUCUAAGAAAAGCAUUUUCAGUCUUGUAGUGUGUGCUUAAGGUUAAAUGAUUUUAUUGAUAAUGGUUUCAAAGUAUUCAGAAUUGUACAGGACUGUAAAAAUUUGUUGACAAACAUUGAAGGAAAAGCUUAUAGAAAAAAGCUAUAAAAUAUAUAUUAGGUUCGCAGAAAAUGGAGAAUUAUGUAAUAUAUUGUACAAAUGUAAGCAAAGGCCUCUGAAAUAAAAUGCCAUAGUUUGUGAAUCCCUGAUUUUGUUUCUAACAGUUUAAUUAAGCAACCAUAGUGUGUUCAUUAAA